UCUCAACCAGAAAUGUAAAUCUAACAAGUGACUCCUGCCAUAUUUUUCGAACAGUUCAAAUUCCUUAUUUUUUUCAAAAAUAGAAAAUUUGCUUAAUAAUCCGCUGUCCCUUAAUGCUGGUUGUGCUUAUUGACGUCCAUUGAUUUUUUUGUGUAGUACAGGACUGGACGCAUAAAAAUGUGUCAAAAUGUUGUAGUUUGACUUUUGAUGCAUACUGUCCUUCAACUGUUUGUAAAUGAGUUAAAGUUUGAGUUUUUUUAUUUUUUACCCCUUCACUACUUUCUCACUUCUUAUUUUAUAGUUAGUUUUUAACAUUCAAACUUUUUUUAUUUUUAUUUUUAAAUAAAAAUAAGCCACAAUGGAAGGGGAAAAGAGCCACAUCACACAGCUUUUUUGCUAUUUGUUCUGUCUUAGGUCGAAUAGGAACAUGCGCCGCUAUCAACAUCAAUGUGGGUUACAGCAGCUUAAUUGUGUUGAUUAUGCUAUGAUGAUUACGUCACUUUUUAUUUUAUGCCUUUGGGAAAAGCAAAGUACAUGAUCUUACAUCUAUAGGUCACCUGAGUACUUUUACAUAAAAAGGGAAGCAUUGAAGGGAUAAAUUAUAGCAAGAAGGAGGACGAUCAAGCAAGCCACCUCAUGUAAGAUUUCACAGUAAGUACAUUCAUUUUUAUUUGUAAAGUUUUUAAUUUAUCUAUUAUAACAUUUAAGAAGCUACAUCCCAAUUAAAAUAAAUAAACCAACAUUUCCCCUUUUUCAGAUAUUUUCCUUCAUCAACAAAAGCAGUCAGACGGGAUCAUCAUGUUUUUAAACUUUUCAUCUGAGACUUUGCUGACUCUGUCUUCACUGGGCUUUUCAUCCAUGUAUGUUUAUCCAGCAUUUGUGUUUGGGACGCUUAUCUAUCUGAUUAUUGUCUUUUGUAAUCUGCUGGUAUUAACAACUAUUGCUGCAAGUAAAAAGCUACAUAAACCCAUGUUUAUUCUGCUGUUAAAUUUACCAAUCAGUGACAUCCUGGGAGCAACGGCUUUUUUUCCUCACCUUGUUUUUAGCAUCGUGACACAGAAUAGACUCAUCUCCUCUGAUGCCUGCCUCACUCAGGCUUUUCUCAUUCAUUUCUACGGCACGGGAAACAUGCUGAUUCUGAGUGCGAUGGCGUACGACCGAUACAUGGCUAUAUGUUCUCCUCUAAAGUACAAUGCAAUCAUGAACUCCAAUAACUUAAUCAAAAUCAUUUGUCUAAUUUGGUUUCUUAAUUUUGCAUUGAUGUUUACCUUGUUCAUGCUACUUGCCCGCUUUAAAUUUUGCCGCUCAAAUCUUGCAGAUUUGUAUUGUAACAAUCCAUCAUUGCUUAAGCUGGUUUGCAACGACAUCUCACUGAACAACUACUAUGGACUUUUUACUAUAUUUCUUGUCAUGGGAGCUCCACUGAUAUUAAUCAUGUACACAUAUGCCCAGAUCCUGUUCACAUGUGUUAUGACCAAUAAUACAGACGGCAGGAGAAAAGCCAUUCAGACCUGUGGCACACAUUUAGCUGUUUUUCUUGUCUUGCAAGUCAACACAACUUUCACAUUAAUCUCUCAUCGUUUUGACAGUGCUUCUCCAUUCCUGAGAAGGGCUUUGGGAGUCUCUAUUUUAAUAUUUCCACCUUUCUUGGACCCGUUAAUAUAUGGACUGAGAACCAGGGAACUGAAGCAGUGUAUGAUCAUGUUUUUAAAAAGAAGUCUUGGUUUCACAAAAUAG